UCAGACUGGGUCGGACCAGAUUCCGAGUGAAUUGUGCUCGGCGGUAAAGAAUUCGUGCAGCCCGCGGUUAACGAUCCGGUUACAAUCGUCACGAAAUAAAAUGGCCCACGUGGUAGUCUUGGAUCGUUGCGGUUCAUCGGGUUCCGCAUUUUUCGCAAUUCGUCCGCGAAAUCUGUACAUCGAUAGUUCGAGUUACUCUCCAAAAAAACAAUCAGUAGCACAUAAAUUAAGCUAAAUAUUUGAAUCGGAGAGGCAACGCGAUGAGCUCGACUGUGAAAAAACAGGGACUGCAGAAAUCUGCAGCACGGUGAUAAACCGGGAGUAAAAAGGAAAAGGAAAAGGAAAAUUGGUGAAAAUUUUUUCAUCGUUCUCGGCGUUCCGCUGGAGUGAUUUUUUACCCGUGUACAGGUAGCGCGAUCCUCUCGGUUGCAGAGGACGUGGCAACAUCGGUGAGGAGAGUUUAUCCUUUCGGUGAGAAACACACGUCGGUUCCCGGUCUCAGAAGUGGCCGCAGGUCGAUCUCAGCAUCGCGCGCGCAAUGAUUGUCUGACCUGGGUUUAUCCGAUUCCGGAAAGCGGUGAUUUGUGGUCCGGUGAAAAGAGGAAGAGAACGGGGAAAAAAUCGAUAGAUCGGAUCCUGUCGUGCGAUCGUUUGGAUCAGCGAAGCUGUGAGCGGUGGGACGUCGAAUUCCUGCGGAAGUGCGGGAGGAUAUAAUAUCGGUGAAAAACGUGUUUGUUUGACGGUACAGAACUAGCUAACCACCUCAGAGGGUGAGGAUAGGUGAUCCAUCUUGGGACGAGGUUGAAGUUGUGCUGUAAUAAAGCGUGGUGGAAACAAUAUCUGGAGGAUUAAUUCCGGUAUUCGAUUCCUGAUCUCGGAAGGAUCUUUUCGGGAUUCUUAACUCUUGGAUACCAUGGCCAGACGGAGAAUGGCGGGCAGGUCCGCAGUCGGAGGAUCGGCUGCGGGGGCGGCUGGAGUGCCAGGAGAAGCAGGACUCGCGGGAGUUCCUCGACUACUUGAAGAUUUGGCUAGAUUAUCGGAGGACACGGAAUCCGCCGACAUAGUAUUUUUACUCGGCAGGGAGGAAACCCCGAUCUACGCCCACAAGAUUAUCCUCCAGUCUAGGUGCAAAAGUUUCACGGCAUCGAAAAGGAUGGGAUCUCCUGGGAAUCCAACACCCGUAAGAAUGCCUCAUGCGCACCCGGAAACUUUCCGACAGUUUAUCAAUUACAUAUACACUGGAAAGAUAAUGCUACAGGACAGUGGAAUAUUCGAGAUGCUAGGUUUGGCCCAGGAACUGGGCGUCGAAGAAUUGUGGAGGAGUUGCGAGGAUCAUGUUUCGUCAACCCUGAGUCCCGGAAACGCUUGCACCUUGCUGACGGCAGCCCUCGAGGCUCAGGAUAACAUGCCAGGUGGAAAAAGUGCCUGCUCGACGUUUAUAGACCGCUGUUAUGCUUUUAUCGGUGAGAAUGCGGUCGAAACGGUAAAAACGACGUCGUUUUGUACCCUGCCAAAAGAUGCAUUGAUCAAGCUGAUUGCAUCCGAUUACCUUGCACUCGAAGAAGAGGAUGUUUGGAGGGCAGUUCUAAGCUGGGCAAAGUACCAGGCAGGAGUUACUCAGCCUACUCAGCACUGGACCGAGGAAGAAAGAGUUCGAGUUUGCCAGCACUUGUCUGGCGUUAUCAAUUACGUUCGCCUUCUCCUGAUCGACAGUCAAGUAUUCGCAGAGGAAGUUGAACCGACCGGAGCUGUGCCGAUGGAAUUAUCUUUAGAGAGGUACAGAUAUGCCGCCCUACCGAACAAGUAUGCAGAAAUAUGCUCGGACAAGAGACUCCAGCCGAGAGUCAGUCUCAUCCUGUUUCCAGGAUCCCAAAUAUUGUCGCGAGACAAAAUUGCCUUCCAGCGACUCUUGAAUCAGUGGUACGGCAUUCAGAAACAGACGUGGAGACUCAUUUAUAGAGCUUCGAAUCACGGUUACUCAGCAGCAUCCUUUCAUCGACACUGCGACGGCAUCUUUCCCACAUAUGUUCUAGUUAUGGGAGGACGUGGUGAAAUAUGUGGAGGAUUUAGCGAUGUUCCUUGGGGAAAGAUUACUACGAAGGGAUAUUACGUCUCAUCGGAAAAAGCCUUCCUCUUCACACUGACCAACAACCAAGAUGUCCCACCCACGAAAUACGACAUCGUCAAAAAACCAUUCGCAAUUUGCUACCAUCCAGAAAUCGGUCCGAUAUUUGGCGCAGGUGCCGAUCUCCUGAUAGCCAGCAACUGCAACGUCAACACCGAAAGUUACAGCAACUUGCCUCACAGCUACGACGGCGAGCAUGCAUCUAGCAGCAUCUUGAUGGGGGAUUACCACUUCACAGUCCUAGACUAUGAAGUAUUCACUCUGAAUCAUACUGGUGUUAAGUAAUCUGUUCGAUAUUAAGGCACUGGUUUUUUAAAAAUCUCAUCGACAGUGCACCUGAUGUAAACAACGAACAAACACUGCCCGCUCUUGCAUUCACUUCACACUAUUUUAAUAUCUUUAGCUGAUUAGUUCGUCCACCAAAACUCGACGAGAAAUAGUACAAACGUUUUCCUAUCCUUUCACGUUUGAGAUCAGGUUUGAUUAUUUUCACAUUCAGACAUACAUUGAGUGAUGAAUAUGUAUUUUUAUUUAAAAUGAAAAUUAAAUAUGUUAAAUAUUAAUUUUAUGAUCGAAAAAUUUGUACGGAAUAUCAUUGAAUUUGAGAUUUAUGCGAAAUGGAAUACGUCCGUAUUUGUGAAACUGGUUUUUUUCAGUAGUUAUACGUUAUAUUUUUGUAAUACGUUUUUGUAUGAUAUCCAUUAGUGUAGAUCAAACCCUGUCAAAUCCGGCUCGCCUUUGCUAUUGGAUUGAAAUUAUCGUAGAAUGAAUUACCAAAGUCGCGACAAAUUUCUCACCACCGAAAAUGCCAUGGCAUCCAACACUUGAGUGCCGAGAUUUUAACGGCUUAUCUCCACUCUAAAUCAUUCCAAAUAAUUUCGGCGAAAGCAAGGAACCUAUCGCACAAAAGUUCGUGAUUUAUGGCGAAUAUCGACGCUGUGAGAGUGUCGAACGUUGAUAUUAGGAACGCUUCGCAUUUCACCGUCUAAAUUAGAAAUGGCGAUCCGCACAGCCUUCGCUGUUCUUCUCAAGAUAUACUUUCCUAGCGUUAUCGCAAAACCUAGGCCAGCUCUAAUUUUCGCACGGAGUUCCGAUCGCCGACGCAGCUCGAAAGCGACUGGCUGCAGAUAGCUGAUCACGAUGUAAACAAUCAACGAAACUCAGUACUCGUUCGAUGUUCUGCGAUCCAUUUACAACCUUCAGAGAAACUGAAAUUCAGCUUUUGUUUUGGUCGCGUUAUGUUCCAUCGCUGUAGUUAGGUUAGGUAUCAUAUUUUAAGUUUAGCAAUAUGUGAUUUUAUUCGUAUUACGUACGUAGAUUGUAGUAUGUUACGUUGUAUUGUAAAUAUUGUGACAUGUGACUGGUACAAAAAAAAAUAAAUAAAUAAAUAAAUAAACGAAAACAAUAAAACAACACCCUGAA